AUGGAUAGAGGCACUGAGAGAAGCACAGAAUCAUUCGGGGACCGCCACCCUACCACCACCUCCCAAACCAGAUUUGACGCCAAAGAGAAUCAAGAUAAGUGGCUUCUUGAUACCUACGCCAACACCACGGGCCAAAUCCGCACGGGGACGCUUCUGAUGGACCUCGAUGCCUUGGCUGGCGUUGUUGCCUACAAGCAUACCGGCGAAGGCGUCAGCACGGUGACGGCCGCGGUGGAUCGGAUCACCUUACAAAACCCCAUCCGAGAGAUCUGCGACCUCGAGCUGAGCGGGCAGGCCACAUUUGCAACCGGCAGGAGUAGCAUGGAGAUCACUCUGCAGAUCGCGAAAGCGCCGAUAGGGGACGAAAAGAUAUUGCCAGAGCAUGUCUUCAUGACCUGUGCCUUUACGAUGGUCGCCCUCGAUCCCCAGACCAAGAGACCAGUCAACAUCGCGCCCCUCGAGGUCACCACACCGGCGGAGAAGGCUCUGUUCGCGAAGGGUGCCGAGAACUACAAAAACAAGAAGGCUCUGAAAUCCUCCCACAUCCUGCAAAAAGCCCCCGACGCCGAAGAAUCCAUCGAGAUCCAUAAAAUGUGGACGGACUCUCUCGCCUACGCGGACUCCAAGAACCCCAAACAUCAGCCCAAGAACGUGCAGAACAUGAGCAAGACCACCAUCCACAGCACCCAGAUAAUGCAGCCGCAGUAUAGGAACCGCCAUAAUUUUAUGAUCUUCGGCGGCUACCUCCUAAAACAAACCUUCGAGAUAGCAUUCACCUGCGCUGCUGCAUUCUCUCACACACGACCACGCUUCAUGAACCUAGACCCCAGCACGUUUGAGGAGCCCGUCCCUGUCGGCUCGGUGCUGUACAUCUCUGCGAACGUGUCCUACACAGAGCCAGACCCCAGCGGGGGCACGCGGAUCCAGGUCAUGGUACGGACGCAUGUGCGGCCCGUGGAGCACCAAGACCAGGAGAGGAAGUCUACGGGCACCUUUUUCUACACGUUCCUGUCGCCGGACAACGUCAGUGUGCUGCCCCAGAGCUAUAGUGAAUUUAUGAGGUGGGUCGCAGGUAAGAGACGGGCAGAGAACCUCGCCGCUACGCUCAAGGACGAUCAGAAUACGGUGCUUGCUAGUAUGCACGCUGAGAAUGUGACGGAAUAA